CGUCGCUUCCGAAAUUAUCGCAGAGUUAAUAAACACGGGAUUUUCGGUUUAAUCGCGCGCGUGAUUAGUUUCUGGGAAGGCCCGAAAAUACGGCGAAGGGGAAUCGAAUAAAGGAACGUCGCGCGCCCUUCGCUCCGAUUAUCUCGCCAGUCGUUUGAUAAACUCGCGCCGUAAAAAUCGUAUUUGUCGUCAUUGGACGAGAACGACGCUAGCGCUUCGCUCGUCCCCUCCGUUUGUUGGGUUUCGCCCGUCCCGCCUCACCGCGCCGGCGCGACGACGUCACCGCUUCCUCCGACAAAUAAUCGCCGCCUGAAAGCGUCCCCUCAUAACUCGGUCGCACUCUCGGAAACUCCGACGUCUCGCGGAUUCCUACACAAAAAGCGCGUGCUACCCCUGGGCCAUGACGGCCGAAACUAGCAAAGGACGAGUCUUGGUCGUUCCCUACGACUCCGAGGAAAACACAUACGACAAUCCCGCUCUGUCAUCGGAAGGAUCGGAAGAAACGGAAAAGAAGAGUGACGUCGACCGUUACGGAACGGAUUCCGGUUACGACAGGACGGAUCGUAACAUUUUCGACUGCACUGCCACCGCCUCUCCCGUCUCGCUGACCCCCAAACUGUUGAGUAGACAAUGCCACGGAGCGGCUCUUCCCUCUUGGUAUCGACAGAGGAACUCCACCCCCAGCACCUCCAGCGUGGGUGGAGAUCUGGCGGUGGACGACAAAGAUCGACUGCUCAGGAAGAACCUGACUUGCCUCUUCAGCUUCAUGUACGCCAUUUUUGUGGUGGUUUUGGGAGGGAUCGUCUACAUGUAUAACAACGAAGGACGAAGACACGUUAACGAGAUGUUCAGCUCGUGCGUGGCCUGCGUUGGAAUGUCGUGGUUGCUCUUCCUCCACUUCGAUCUGAACAGAUACAAGAGACAGAUCAUCAAGGAAAUGGGUUCUUUCGAGGACGCCUGCUGCGAAAACGUGGACAGGAUCAGCGCCAACACCGAAUUCGUUUUCAACUUCUCUCCCCCCACGACCAAGCAUUCCUCCUACAGAUUUCUCCAAGGGAGACAUAGCGGCAGUUUCUACUUGAAAUGCGGAAUGGCGGCCUUCUGUUUCGGACACCUGAUCCACGAGGGCCUCCAAUUGGGGCAGCAGAUACCGCACUUUAUGGGUUCCCAACUUCAGAGACUAAACUGUAGUCAAGUCACCGCCGUCAUUCUUCACGUGGUCAGACCGGUUUACUCCUUUUAUCAAUUAUUCAUGCUCUUCAAGUAUUCCAACAUCGUUAUUAAUCGUCACAAGGUGCUGGCCAGGUUCGGGUUGAUGCACGUGAUCGCCACCUGUCUGUGUUUCUGGUUCAACACUAUCGUGGAAGACACGCACGAGUAUUAUCAACACAAACAAACGCUCAAGUAUGGUUUAAAAAUCAACGCAAGUCUGCUAGACAUCUCCAAUCAAGUGUUGUUAGAGAACACCACGGAUCACGAAAAAACGAUAUUCUGCGCGGGAAAAACGGUGCUGUCCACCUGGGCCUUACAGGCUUCUCCGUAUCUCUAUCCUUUCACCAUCGAAUUCAACCUCCUGUUGGCCGGGGUGUGGAUCAUCAUGUGGCAGAACAUCGGACUGGAGACGUCGCGUGCCAAACCUCACCCCUUCCACGCCAAAGUUUCGACGGGGACCGACGGAGCCGAGGACGUCACAUACCACAGCAAUCUAGUCAUCAGCGCCGACUGCCACGCCUCCAACAAGGGCUUAUUCGCGGGCCUUUUCGUCCUCCUCAUCACCAUAGUGUCCGUCAUCAUUUUCUUCGUGUCCGCCUACAGCGAAGGAUACAGGAGCACGGCGGUGGCCAUCCACACCACCCAAGAAGUGGCACUGACCUCGCUGACCCUCCUGGCGGUGGUGGUGGCCUACCGGCAGGUGUCCAAACUGGAUUUCAACCCCCAUCCCAUCACCUUCCUGGACGACCUCUUGCUGUUCCUUCCGGUUCCUUUCUUCUUCGUCAAUUGCAUUCUGUCCACGUUGGCGGAGUUUUCGGUCGGAAACUACCUGCGGACGUCCGUGCACCCUCUGAUCAUGCUGCAGGUUAUCGUGCAGACCCCUUUAGUGGUGGACGGACUGAGGAGGUGCAGCAACACCCAGUCUCUGAGGUACAAGAAACCUGGCAGAGAAAUCGUAACUUUCCUCAUCAUAUGCAACCUGACCAUGUGGAUUGUCGGCACUUUCGAGAUCAGGAGCGUCGAACCCUUUUACAGUCAGGGAUCUUUCUACGGGGAAUUACAAUGGCUACUGAUAGGUCACGCCACUCUACCCCUCAUGCUCUUCUACAGGUUCCAUUCUUCCGUCUGCCUGGUGGACAUUUGGAAAUCCGGAUACGAAAAAGGGGAGUGAGCGUUAUUUAUAGAAUACCCGAACGAUUUUCUGAGAAAAUCGUCGGCCCAAAGAAAGACAUUUUGUAUCUUAGUGUUUAUAUUUAUAUACCGUAGUUUUAUAACCGGAUGUACCGGUACCGGCUUCUACUUUAUACACUUAUUAAUUUAAAUCGCGUUUCGCGUACAGUACGUUGGUUACAAUAAACAAGAAUUAAAAACUACGCACGCUCCGUCUGGUGGUCGCUAGCGUCGACACAUCCGUGACGUAAUUCGACCACCAAACGAGACCAUCGUUUUUCUAAGAAAUGUUCGUAAAUUUUAAUUUUUAUUUAAGAAAAUUGGGCUAAGAGCCAAUUCGAUCAAGAAAAAAAAAAAAAAAAAAAAAAAAGGUCCAGAA